AUGGGGUUGCAGGUCCCCCGGCGGCAGGGGGGGAAUACGCUAACCAGCCCCAGCAUGUCUUGGUUGGCAGGCGUGGCAGGGCAGGGCGGUACCUAUGUUACGACGAUUCUUUGGGACAAUCCCAGGGGCGACCACAGCGAAAGGAGAACUUGCGAUCCAAAGAGGCCAGAGUCCAGAGUCCAGGACGGAAGCUCGACGAGAGUGUCUAAGAACGGACGACGAAAACAGGAACGGGAAGCGCUACGAUGGCCAAGCCAGCCGUUGCUGAAGAGAGAGAAUAAUAGCGAGGAUGGAUGGAGACGACGGAAAAAGGACGCCAAUGCGCGUCUCGGUCAACAAAUCUUCAAGUGGCAGACCAGCCGUGCCUUAGCCCUGAGCGAGUCUGACGGUUCGUCCAGCGGGCCCUGA